AUGCAUUUAUUUCGUUUUCAUCAAUUACCGAUACAACAAAAAGUUCAAAAAUAUCAUCAACAAACACAAAAUGAUAAAAAUGAUGUGGAAAUAUCAGCGACAAGCCAUUUACUAUGUAGAACAAAUAUUUCACCAAGUCAACAACAACAACAACAACAACAACAAAAACAACAACAAGAUCGCUCACGAAUUCCGUUUUCUAAAAAGGUAAAAUCUCACUUGUUACCAAUUAUUAAAUAUGUUGAAUUUAUUUAA